AUGCUGGCCAUCUCAUCUUUCCGCCUUUUGGCUCUACUGCCUGUCAGCUUUCUACUCUAUCUCAUCGGCCUGGUCAUCUACCGUCUUUACUUCCACCCUCUAGCCAAAUACCCUGGGCCCCUACUCGCGAAAAUCACAGAUCUAUACCAGACCUACCAUGCCCUCCGCGGAGACCGACAUCUGGAGUUCUGGAGAUGCCACGAGAAAUAUGGCGACAUCGUUCGAUUCGGGCCGAAUAGCCUGUCAUUCAAUACCAACACCGCCCUGAAAGACAUCUACGGCUUCAAAUCCAACGUCCGCAAAGCCAAAUUCUACCAAGCCUUCUGGGCCACCAAGGACUCAGCCAGUACGCACAGCUCAAUUGACAGAUCCAUCCACGCUCGCAAGCGCCGAGUCCUUAGCCAUGCCUUCUCCGACGCCGCCAUUAAAUCCAUGGAGAACCACAUCCUAGCCCACAUCCGCCAAUUCUGCCAAACCCUCAGCGGCACGACCACUGUCGCCCCAAAUGCCGAUGCCAAAGGCUACAGCCACCCCAUCGACAUCUCCGACCAAGCCAACUACCUAACCUUCGACAUCAUGGGCGACCUCUGCUUCGGCAAAGCCUUCGGCAUGCUCGAGCGCCCAGACAACCGCUUCGCCAUCGAUCUAAUCGGCAGCGCUGCGCAUCGUCAUCUCAUUUGUGGGACGUACCUCCCCAUCCACGAGUACCACCUCGACAAACUCUUCUUCCGGAAAAUCGCAGCCGGGAGAGCGCGGUAUAUGCAAUACUCCAAAAGCCAAGCGCUUGAACGGACCAAAAUGGGUCUCGACGUCGACCGGAAAGAUUUCUUCUACCACUUACUCAAAGCGAAAGAUCCCGAGACGGGCGCGGGAUUCUCGACGCCGGAACUGUGGGGGGAGAGCAAUCUCCUCAUCAUCGCAGGCUCUGACACGACCUCUACAGCCUUGGCCGCGACAAUUUUCUACCUGGUCCACAACCCCGCCACGCUGACGAAACUGAUCGACGAAGUCCGGACCGCUUUCACACACGUCGAGGAAAUCACCAUCUCCCCAGCCCUCAACUCCCUUACUUACCUCCGCGCCUGCAUCGACGAAGCAAUGCGUCUCUCCCCCUCCGUCGGCGGCCUCUUGCCCCGCGAAGUCCUCCCCGGCGGAAUAACCAUCGACUCCCACCCCAUCCCCUCUGGCACAAUCGUCGGCGUACCCCACUACAGCAUCCACCAUAACGCCUCCUACUACCCCUCCCCCUUCACUUUCAACCCUUCCCGCUGGCUGGGCACUUCAUCGCCCGACAGCGUAGCAUUAGCGCAGUCCGCCUUCUGCCCCUUCAGUGUAGGGCCGAGGGGCUGUAUUGGGAAGGGGAUGGCGUAUCAUGAGUUGAUGAUUACGGUGGCGAGGGUGGUGUUUUUGUUUGAGUUGAGGCUUGCGCCGGGCGAGGGGGAGGUUGGGAGGGAGGAGGGUCGAAGCAGGAGGGGGGAGUUUCAGUUGAAGGAUUCGUUUACGAGUAUUAAGGAGGGGGGGCCGAUGGUGCAGUUUAGGGCGAGGUCGUGA